CGAAGACCUCGUAGUUGUCGUCGCAGUCAUAAAAACACAGGUUGGUGGGAAUUGGUCUGGGCGUCCUAUGAUGAAGGAAGAUGUAAGAAAACCUUUCGUGUAUCAAGUAAUACGUUUAACUUAAUUUUGAAGAGUCUUCGACCUGAUAUUGAGAAAGAUUUUGUCACAGAGCAGUCCGUUUCUGCCGAAAGUAGGCUGGCUAUAUGUCUUUACAGAUUAUGUAGAGGUGACUACCUAUACACCAUUACGGAACUGUUUGGCCUCAUAAGAAACCUGUGGAAACCUUCGGUGCAAGCGCAUUUUCCAAUCACCAAACAGAAUAUUAUGGAGAAAAUGGUGGACAUGACAGCGUUUUGGCAAUUCCCCUGCUGCUGGAGUGCUGUAGAUGGGUGCCACAUCCCCAUUCAGUGCCCUCCUGGC